UUUGUUCUCUAAUGCGAAACAUAUUUCCGAGCGUAAUGAAACGAAUUUAGUUCUUUUAUUAAAUUCACAACAAUCCGAGUUGAGAGCGGAGCAGGAAAGUCAGGCCAAGUUAAUAAAAUCAAACAUUCAGGAUCUUCAAGAAAAGAUGGUUGCACUUCUCAUGGCAGUGGAUAUUCAAUUUAUUAAAUCGGAGCUAAAUAGACUGGAAAUGUUGAUAGAUCGAUUUAUUAAGGAAUCGAAUGUUCAGUCUCUGCAAUCGGAUAUUCAAUUUAUUCGAGUCGAGCAGGAACGACAAGGAAAGCUGAUAGACGACAUAUUUAAAAAUUCUUUUCCUAUUUGUACCACGGCCAAGUCCAGUGGAAUGUACAGUAUGUUUCUUCCCAAAUUUAGUCAACCCCUUAAAGUUGUCUGCGAUGCGGAAACUCAGGGAGGUGGGUGGACUAUCAUAUUAAGGCGAUUGGACGGGACAGUGGACUUUUAUCGGAAUUGGACUCAGUAUCAACAUGGAUUCGGAGAUCUGAAUGGAGAAUUCUUUAUGGGCUUGGAUAAUAUAAACGCACUGACGACAGAAAGAGCUUACGAGUUGCUUGUAAUUCUUGAGGAUUUUGAGGGGAAAGAAACGUUUGAGAGGUAUGAAGAAUUUGCAAUAGGCAACGCGGAUCAACAAUAUAUCUUACACACUCUGGGCAAAGCCAAUGGAACAGCAGGCGAUGCACUUUCAUAUCAUUAUAAAAAGAAAUUUUCUACGUUCGAUCGCGAUAAUGAUGCUGGACCGGGAAACUGCGCCGUAAUACACCCUGGAGCCUGGUGCCAGUUGACGGGAAGAUAUAAAGACGACACCAGCUUCAGUGGCAUCAAUUGGCUAACUUUUCAUGAAGACUCUUACUCUCUUAAAAAAGCUAUUAUGAUGAUACGACCCAGAAGAUGAUAACUAAGGCUUUACUUUAAGAGAAGAUGUUAAUCUCAUAUAUAGGCCAGUUCAGCUAAAUUUUUUUAAUAUCAUAUAUCAAAAUUUUUGCAGAUUGAAUUACAUUUUGAGCUGCUGAAUUCAAGUCAUAUAAAGUGAAAUACAAUAAAUUUUAAGUAAUAAUUUGCCAAAACUCAAUGUGAAAAUUUACCAUUAAAUAAUUUCAUAAAAGAAAAAGUAAAAACCGGGACAGACCACAUAAUAAAUGUAUUUGAUUAUAAUUUUUUGUAAAAUUUCCAACAAUUUAUCACUGACAAUU